AUUAUACAUAAAUCAAUUGAGAAUGCUCUUAGCGGAAACGACCCGAAGAGUUUGCGAGUGAACAGAGGCACGAGGAAGGAAAGAAGGCAAAGAAAAUGGCGGAGGCGAAGCAAAAGCACCCUCGUCUGAUCCUCCGCAAUUUCCUUACCCUUUUUCAAUGAGCUGGAGUUCAUACACAAGAGCAAUAGCACGGUUGGUUACAGACCCAACGUCUUCUCCACUACUCUUUCCCAUCUCAUUGCCACCAACUCCCCACACCUCCUCAUGCCUUUUGUUCCAAUCCGAGGUUGAAAAGCCUCAGUUUUGGCGAAUGAGAAAGUUGAGAGCUUAUUGCAACGGCUACCGAAAGAAAACUUUAUAUUUGGUCGUUGUUUUUUUUCAAAAAAUAAUGGAAAUUGGCGUUAGCAUGUCGAAUAUGAAGAGGUGCUGGUCUCAGCCAUCUGAGAGUUUAAAAGAGAAGGUAGAGGAGUUCUUUGGGUGUGAGUAUGAGCUCUUUGUUGAAUUUACUGGUUUAAUCAGCUGGUGCAGAGGGGCAAGCAUUGGAUGGCAUAGUGAUGAUAACAGGCCCUAUCUUAAACAACGUGCCUUUGCGGCAGUCUGCUAUUUGAACAGUUUUGGGAAGGAUUUCAAAGGUGGACUUUUUCACUUCCAGGAUGGGGAACCAAGAACUAUUGAGCCCUUGGCUGGAGAUGUUGUGAUGUACACAGCUGACGGCCAUAACAUUCAUUCUGUUGAUGAGAUAACUGGUGGGGAAAGACUUACGCUUACGUUAUGGUUUAGUCGUGAUGCAUCCCAUGAUGAGGAUGCCAAACUUGUUUCCCUUCUCUCUCAGAGGCUCUUACACAAUAAUGUGCCUGGUCCAUGCCUACCAUUGCUGGCAUCCAGUAACAUGUACUGGUUUUCUUUGGACCAAAGUUCUCAUCGCCAGUUGGGUUUUGAUAUAUGCUGGGCAAGACUGCAUGUUCUUGGCUUUGAUGUUUACUCGUAUCAAGACACAAGCUGUGAUUCAGAUUUGUCAGAGUUACUGACGAUGCCUCUGCAAUUAGCAAGGGGUGUUGAGCUGUUCAAUGUGGAAUUUGUCAACAUUUUGCAUGCUCUUCAGGUUGCGCAGUUUUACUCUUGGAAAGCCUCUGCCGUGCAUACAUCCAAAGUCCAAAUAGACCAUGGAAAGGUGGGAGUACUCUCUCAAUCGCAGAUGGAAAAAAUUAAUCGGUUGAAUUCUGUAUUAUCGAAGGAUCAUCAGCAGGCCGAGAUGUUCUUCAGCUGCAUGUUUAGCAAUGAAAGCAGACAAUAUAUGUUUGAUUGGGCCGAUUUUGCUUCUGCAGUUGCUGCAUGGGAAGAUUAUUCCUCGAAGUUACGUGAAGAAUUUCUUAGAAGCUUACCAUACUGGAGGACCCAUCAAUCUAUAUUUGAAGUUCCAUCAAAUGGGUCUUGCUGACCAACUUGUACUUCCUUUUAAUUUAACCUACUCGAAAUGCAUGAUACUAGAAAUUUAAUGUGCUCCAACCAUUUGACCUCUGCUU